AUGGGUCACUCUAUAGCGUGUCAAUUGCUGCAUCCCUGCCGCCCAGUGGCUCAAAUCCCGAAUCAUGCCUCGACUUGGCAGGCUCCACAUGGCAUCAAGAGACCAGGCCGCCUCAUCGUCGUCCUUCGCCUGCUUGUGGUAACCGCGCACUUCCUCUCGCUCGUCGCCGUCGCCAACGCCGCCUUGCCGACUUGCGCCAGCCUCACAGCUCAAGCUCCCUCUUUGAACCUUCUGCGCAAUGCGGGCUUUGAGGAAGUUUCCGCUGCAACAGACUGGCCCUCGCCCCUGUCGUCCUGGGUGCCGCUCGUCCCCGGCGCAGCACAGCAGCAAGGGCAGGGGGGAGGGGGAGGGGAGACUCCGCGCGGGGACCCGUCCGUUGCUGCUGAGGGCGGUCGGUUUGUUCGCCUGCAGCCCAGCGACGGCAGUGGCGGCACCGGUGGCGAGCUUUGGGGGACGGGGGCGAGCGAGAGUGAAGGGGCCGUGUGGCCGGUGCAGGGUCUGGGGCAGCUGCUGUGUGUUGUGGACGGGGGAGAGCAGCAGCAGCAGCAGGAGGCAGAGUUUUCGGUGUAUUUCUAUGCAAGGGCACGCGAGUGCAUGAUGGAUGUGUCUUCUGCCUCUGGAUUGCGGCCGAUGCGAGCAAUGAUCGUUGCCGUGCCCCUGCCACCACCACCAGCCACCGUAGGCAGCAGCAGCAGCAGCGUGGACGAGGGCGAGCUGGCGAGGGCGCUAGCAGCCGCUAUUAGCAGCGGAGAGAUGGUGGUGCUGCAUCGAUGGACCAUCGGCGUUCCCUGCCGCAACAACAACUCCAACUCGCUCUCAGGUCUGCUGCCCUGGCGCCAACACGGUCCCUUCUCCUUCCACCUCCCACCCUCCUCCGCCUCCGCUGCUGCUCUAUCCUUCCCGCCACAAGGCGUUGCUCUGCACCUCGUGGUGCUGGAGGGCAGUGGGGCAGACAGUGUCAGCACGCCUGGUGGCUCUGUGGGAUCGCCUGGUGGCUCUGUGGGGUCGCCUGGUGGCUCUGUGGGAUCGCCUGGUGGCUCUGUGGGAUCGCCUGGUGGCUCUGUGGGAUCGCCUGGUGGCUCUGUGGGAUCGCCUGGUGGCUCUGUGGGAUCGCUGCCUGGAGGCUCGUCGCUGCCUGGAGGCUCGUCGCUACCUGGAGGCUCGUCGCUGCCUGGAGGCUCGUCGCUACCUGGAGGCUCGUCCCUACCUGGAGGCUCGUCGCUGCCUGGAGGCUCGUCGCUGCCUGGGGGUGCGUCUGUGAGUGGAGACGCGUCCGCGGCAGGGGCUGGUCCAUUCACAGCAGAGGCAGCAGCGGUGGAAGGCGGGGCGCUGACGUCAGCGGCAGCAGCAGCGGGGAGCAUCGAUGUGGAUCUGAUCACGGUGGCUCCCAGAGGCACAGGUGCGCUCAGAGGCACAGCGGCCUCUGCCCCUCCGUCCUUCUCCUACUCCCGACUGAACUCCUCCUCUCCCCUCCUCACCUCCGGCUCGGCUCGCCUCCUUUCCUCCUCGCUGCGCCUCACCCCCCUCUCUCCCCCCCACCAAGCGGGCCUUGCCCUGCACCCCACGCCCUUCCCCCUCGUCUCCCCCUCCUCCCCCACCUCCCCCUGCCGCCCCUACUCCUUCUCCUCCUCCUUCUCCUUCCGCCUCUCCUCCCCCCAAUCCGCUGCUGCUCUCGGGGCCGACGGCUUUGCUUUCGUUUUCCUGCCCGACCCGACCCACAGCCUGGCAGUGGAGUUUGACACGUCAUCAACCCGUCUUUUUUCGGACCCAACCACUCACCACGUGGGGGUGAACGUCGAUUACAGCAUGACGUCAGCAGGCCAUGCGUCCGUGCACCCCGCGGGCGUCCCCUGGCUGGGCGGCAACAAGAACGAGACGCUGCAUGCGUGGGUGGCCUACAACGCCACCGCCUCGCUGCUCUCCGUGCGCCUCUCCUCCUCGCCCGCCAUGCCCCCCUCCGCCCUCCUGUCCCUCCCCUUCAACGCCUGCCACCUCUUUCAUUCCCCUCCAAAGGAGGAUGGAGGGGAGGGGGAGGCCGUGUUGGUGCAUGCGGGGUUUGCAGCCGGCACGGGGCUGCUGCCGCUGCACACUCAGACGCACAACAUCCUCUCCUGGGCCUUCCAGGUGGACGCCCAAGCUCCAGCCCCUAUCCCCCUGUGGCAGUCACCGUCGCUCUCCUUCCCCUUCCUCACGCCAGCUGCCCGCAUCACUGCCUUGGCCUCAACUCGCACCACCUUCUCCUCGCUGCAACUCACCCCGGGCAACGACGACCACGAGGCAGGCGCCGCCUUCUUCCCGCUCCCCCUGCCCCUGCUCUCGCUGCUUCCCGCCCCUGCAUCUCACAAGAAGAAGAAGAUUUAUGGUUUCGUGUGCAAGGCACGAUCAUUCACCUCGUGGUUUCCUUUUGAGCUGAAGGGAAGCGGGUUUUCUGGAUACGGGGUAGUUUUUGUGCUAAUUACUCGGCUGGGGGUGGGGCAAGGAGGGGCGGCGAUGGGGUAUGGCCGCGACUCGGUAGACAGGAAUGCAAAUGGGACGUGGGCGGACGGAGGGAGGAGUGUGGCGGUGAUGUUUGAUGCCUUUAGCGGCCUUGACCCUAACCAUGACGUUAACAAGGAUGUGGCGAUUCUCUCCGUUCACACUGACUUUAACAUUACAAAUCGGUUGGCGUUUUCCUCUCAGAAGCGAUAUAUUUCCUCGUUAUACAGCAUGAGGGUGGACUAUACGGCUGCCACUAAGACACUGGAGGCAGUGACUUAUAAAGGGGCUACGAGGAUGGGGAGUGUGAAGCUGACACUUGACCUGUGCUCUGUGUUCUAUGAUGGCAAUAGCAGCACCGAGGGAGUGAUUCCGGUGUUUGCUGGGUUCAGCAGUGCCAACACGCGGGCAUGCGUUCAGUCCAUCAAAGCGUGGACGAUUCGAUUCACAGACGUCAACCCAUGCACGGCGUGGGACGUGAAUCCAUGCGGUGCUGGCAGGUGCACUGCGGUGCGGUCAGCAGCCACAGGCACAUACACCAGCACGUGCUCGUGCCCUCUCAGCCAGCCCAGCUACAAGCUCCCCCAAAUGCCCGCCUUCCAAUCGUGCCACAAUGAGUUCCCCGCAUGUCGCCUCAACAGCACUGACACGUGUGCGCCUGGCGUGUGCCUGGAGGGCUAUGAUGCCUCCUCCUUCUGCCUCUGCCCGCCCUCCUUCUUCCCCCUCAACUACUCUAGCCCCCUCAAGCAGCCCUGUAACCAAGGUACACUAACCUCUCCCUUUCCGUGA